AACUCCGCCCCUUACCCUCUCCACGACGCUCUCAGUUAAGGAUGUUGGAGGAGAGAAAUAGGGAAGUAGGGACACACGGGUGGACAGUGAUCUACAGUACCGCAGCAUUUCGGACAUAAACCCGGUUGCUAAUGACUUAUAACCCCGUUAUUUCUUCUCGGAGCACUCUGACAGAAUGGCAUCACAGGAGGGGGAGGAGCCUCCUCCAAAAGGAAGCCUUAAGGAUAGUCGCCUAAAGAGCAAGAAGCCCCCCAGCCUUACGAUAGCCAUUCCUCCGCCUGAGGAGACGAUGCCCCAUGACCCAAUAAAACAGCCACUACGAUCUUCUCUCAAAAAAGAUAUGAGUGGUCAAGCAACUGGCUCUGUGUCAGAGAGCAUCAGUGGAGCGGGAGAUGGAGCCAGAGACAGAAGGACAAAGUUUGGUAGACAAACAUCGCUCUCACAAAGUAUCCGGAAGAAUACAGCCCAGUGGUUUGGGGUUGGUGAAGACUGUGACACCAAGCAGCAGGUAUGGCAAAGGAAGAGCCUCCGCCACUGUAGCCAGCGCUACGGCAAACUCAAGGUCCAGUACAGGGAGGCUGAGACGGCCACCAGCAUCGACCUGGACUCACCAGCCACACACAGGAUGCCCAAGAUUGUGGACCCUCUGGCGCGGGGGAGACAUUUCCGCUGCCCAGAUGAGGUGGACAGUCGCUCCCCCAGGACACCCCACUCCGCUCAAGCGGGCCCUGUCACACCAGGGGUCACCUCACUCAGCUCCUUCACCAGCCAGCGCUCUGGGUACAGCCGCUUACCCAGACGAAAGAGAGAGUCAGUCGCCCGCAUGAGCAUCAGAGCAGCGUCCAACCUGCUGAGGGGUCGCAGUGGCUUGGCAGGCUCACAGACGGGCCGCAGUUUCCCCAGGAGGAGCUUUGUCAGGCCCAGCUGGGUGGACGAAGACACAGUGGAUUUUGCAGACACAUCAGAGUCUCUCUUCUUUAGCAAGGUUGAUGCCCAUGAUGAGUUAUACUCUAUGGCUGAUGAUGUGUUUGAAUCGCCCCCCAUGUCGGCUUCCUGUGAGCACCCUGAUCAGAAGCUCUCCAGCCUUAAGGACAUAUCUCGGACACCCAGGACACCGGCCGCAGCACCUGAAACAGGGCAUGUUCGCCGCGGCCGGCGCAUUGCCUCCCAAGUUAAACACUUUGCUUUCGACAAACAAAAGCGCCAGUAUGGUAUGGGAGUUGUGGGGAAAUGCCUAAACCGACACUAUCGACGAAGCAUCAGUAGCCACGUCCAGAAGCAGCUGGAUGACUUCCACAGUCACAGGCCUUACUUUACCUACUGGAUCACGUUUGUCCAUAUCGUUAUCACUUUGCUGUCUUGCUGCACAUAUGGUUUUGCCCCUGUGGGGUUUGCACAACAUUCUACAUCUGAGCUGGUGCUGAAGAAUAAAGGCAUUUAUGAGAGUGUCAAGUACGUCCAACAGGAGAACUUCUGGAUUGGUCCUAGCUCUGAGGAUCUGAUCCACCUGGGGGCCAAAUUCUCCCCAUGCAUCCGUCCAGACCCACAGAUAGUCAGUCUGAUACAGAAGGACAAAGAUCUUGAAAGAGAGUCUGGCUGCUGCGUUCAGAAUGACAACUCUGGAUGUGUGCAGACCCUCAGCCCUGACUGCUCUGAGACGCUGGCCACCUUCAUUAACCAUCAUGUUUGUCACCAGGAUCGCAAUGUGUGUGAAGAACCUGCCUCUGCAGGCGCUCAUAAAUGGCCAGAUGACAUCACCCAGUGGCCGAUCUGUACAUUUCCAAAGAAGUGGAACCACACUGGCUACAGACACAUGGACUGUAACAUCAAAGGACGGCCUUGCUGCAUAGGAACUAAGGGCAGAUGUGAGAUCACAACCAGAGAGUACUGUGCUUUCAUGCAUGGCUACUUCCACGAGGAUGCCACACUCUGCUCACAGGUUCACUGUCUGGAUGAUGUGUGUGGCUUGCUGCCCUUCCUCAAUCCCGAUGUUCCUGAUCAGGUCUACCGUCUCUGGCUGUCUCUCUUCCUCCAUGCUGGGCUUUUGCACUGCGUUGUGUCAGUAGUGUUCCAGAUGACCAUACUAAGGGACCUGGAGAAGCUGGCUGGUUGGGUCCGCAUCUCCAUUAUUUAUAUCUUAAGUGGGAUCACGGGUAACCUUGCCUCUGCCCUGUUUCUGCCCUUCAGAGCUGAGGUGGGUCCAGCAGGCUCUCAGUUUGGACUCCUUGCUUGCCUGUUUGUUGAGCUCUUUCAAGGUUGGCAGAUGCUGGAGAAGCCAUGGAAGGCCUUUCUCAAACUUUUGGGCAUUGUCCUCUUCCUCUUCCUAUGCGGCCUUCUGCCGUGGAUUGACAACAUUGCCCACAUCUUUGGUUUCAUCAGCGGCUUGCUGCUCUCAUUUGCCUUCCUGCCCUAUGUCACCUUCGGGACGUUUGACAAGUACCGGAAACGUGUCCUCAUUGGUGUCUCGAUGUUGGCCUACAUUGGACUGACCUCCUCCCUCAUUGUUUGGUUUUAUAUUUACCCAAUUAACUGGCACUGGCUGGAGCACCUCACCUGCCUGCCCUUCACAAGCAAGUUUUGUGAGAAGUAUGAUAUAGACCACAACAUUGAACACGUGGUGCACUAGUCUCCAGGCUACUGGAGGGUCUGAGAGAACCACAGCAUGGUUAUGAUUUCCUUGUAAGGGAUGUGUUCAAAGUCCACAAGACUAGGACAGGGAAUAUCUAUUCUCAACAGUCUUCUGAUUUGCCUACUUCCAUCAAAUCUUCAAACAAGUCUGGGGAUACAGAUAUUGAUGACCUUUUGUGAACUGAGCUACAUCAGAUGCUUCCUUAAGUAAUUUCUGGAUUUAACACUACGAAAGCAGUUGAUCGGCUUUUCAAAACGUUGAGGAAUAUUUUAAAGAUGUUUUGUUAUGUCUGCCUAUUGUAUAUGUGCACUUGGCAUGCCAAUAUUCUUUGCAGGAAUGAAAUGUCAUGGCGAAGAUGAUAAAAGUAUUAAUUGUGCAGCCGAAAUAUUUAAAGUGAAAUAUCAGUGGUCAAUCAAGGCAAGAUUUCUAUCUGUAACCACUUGCUGCCUUAAACAGACUAUGCCAUUUUUCAAAGAUGCCUCAGUGUACUUUUGCACACUGUUUGAUCAACUUAUUGAACAAUAUGUUUUUAAUCCCAACCUACCAAAGGAACUUCACUUGUAUCUUUUAAGUGCUCACCUGUAUGUUGUUUUCACAGUCAGUUUUCGGUACACAACAAAAUAUCUGAUAACACAACAGUGCCUCAGCCAUUUUCUACAUAUACUCUGAAAGAAAUAAUGAACAUGAUAUUUAUUUUAAGAGUAAUAACCCCACAGGCUUUUUUGUUGGGUGAAAGCAAGUUUUGUACUGUAUUUUUGACUUGUUGAGAACAGUCAUAGUAUCACAUCACUUCAUGUGAUUAUCUGAUUUAACAGAUUUGUAAAAUACACCUUCUAAACUUCUUCUUUUUAUUAUUUUUUUUAACUGUUUACACUUUGUAGUUAACAAUACAACAGAGGUGGUUUGAAACAGUUUUAAACCAAGAUGAAAUCAGUUUAUUUCCACUUAUUUGUUUUUUGUCUGUAAUUGUAGCAGCUGUUUACCUGAGCUGUGUUCCAUGACCCUCAGUAGAUGUUGCUGUUUGAAUGGGUCCCUGCCAAUGUGAUUAGUGAAAGAGGUCAUUUUCUGGUAUUAGCAUGUGUCCUGAGUGACCAGUUGUUAAGUGGCCAACUUUAGGUACGUUUCUUCCACAUUAAGACAUGUGGGCCGUCACCACUUUUCAUCUUUUGGGGUGCGCUAGAAUAUUGCUCAACAGAUGCCGCAUCAGAACAGUGGAUCUCUGUUUUUUGUGUGUGUGCAGCAACAAAAUACGAAAAGUCGAUCAGUAUGCGCUGUGAACCCCACUUUCUCACUUUCUGAAAGCACACAUGUUGCGUUAUAAUAUCGUUAAUUAUCUCCACUCUGAUGUUAGUUAUUUUGGAGACAGACCUGAAGCUCAAAUUAAUAAGUUUCCCCUAAAGUAGUCCAUAUUCAGAGUAAUGUGCUGUUAGCAGCAGUGAAAGAAAAAGCUCCAGUGAUAGAAAAAGACACCUGUGAAAAUAUGGAGCUGAAUAAAAUACUUUGCAGUAUGGACAACGUUGAGUAGGUUGUACAUCAAUAUUGACACAGGACACACUGUGCGUUCACGCUACUGAAGGAAUGCGCUCACACGUGGCCAAGACUACCUCCAAAUCAGAUCUGAGUGAUCAGAAACCAAAUGUGUCCUCAGUGCACCUCUGUUGUGUUCACACCUGAUCUUGAACCUGGCCACUUGUGAUGGGAUCACUCAGGACGGAUGUUCAUACCGGAUUUGAACAGCACCUGAUACCUGAAGUGAAACAUUUCUCACACCCUGAGCUGUGAUUGUUGUUCAAGAUUCUGCUGUGCUUUAGCUCCAGCUGUUAGGAAAGCCAGGGUAGUGUGCGGGAUUACAUGAGUGUAAAUUUAAUGUUAUGAGAUUAUGUGAGUUAGUCUGGGGGUCUGACUCAACAGUCAUCUGGUGCUUUGAGAAUACAACACACAAAAUAGUGUUAGAUAAUUCAAAUGUUUUAAUCAACACCGUAUUAAACUGAAGUAACCACACGACCAUCCUUGCUACAAUAGUGCGUAUGAAUUAUGACCGUCCACCUUUUUUAGGAAACCUCGUUACUGUGCCUUUUGACAUGUGAGCAAAUGACUCCCAACAACCCACAGUCUCUCUCAUGACUUCAUGCAGCACUCACACUGCUCUGUUUGCAUUGGGACCAAAUAAUAUCACUUUUUUUUCUAUUUAAUAAAAUCAAAUCAAUGGCAAGUCAGCAACACUGUUCUGUUUCAGUUCUGUUAUGUGUGAAGAUAUUUGGGUAAAAAAACAGUCCGAAUAAAUGCCACUCCAGUAAUAAUGAA